ACAACAGAAUUUAAUUGUUUGUCAGGGAGUAAUAAGUGAGUAAAAUUAAAAAAUGAACAUGGAAGGAGAAUUAACUAAACUGCCAGCUGGAACGACGAUAACGAAGAUCGUCGAGUCGCCGAUAACAGUACCAAACCCCAGGAACAUUCAAUCCACAGUGCCUCACGUGACGGUCACCGCGAUACCCGGACAGUCAAAGUACGUCCAACUGCUGAACGUGAUCGAGGAGCUGGGGCGAGACAUUCGUCCGACCUACGCAGGAAGCAGGAGCUCCGCGGAACGCAUCAAGCGCGGUCUCGUUCACGCCCGCUUGCUAGUCAGAGACUGUCUUCAUGAGACUGAACGAAGUGCUCGCCAAUAAUUGCUUAAUUGCUGCCAUUAAUUUUUAGUUCUUUAUUUUGUUCGGAGCACCAGGUGCCAAAGCUCUUAAUAAUUUGUUCUCGAUUUUUUUUUAUGUCUUUUUGAAGUAACUUUGAAGUAUCAUACUGACGAUAAUGCAAAGUAAAUUCUAAUUAUUUAAUUUUUUGUUUAAAUUCUGAAAUUUUUUUGCAGGUCUAUUGUCAGUCUUAUCUUGCUUUAUAAAUUUCCGACAAGAUCUGAUUAUUCUAGUGAUUAAUUAAUUAAAUUAUUUAUUAGAAUAUAAUUCGACCUCGUUUUAUAUCCGGCCGAGAUCAAUUUGCCAAAUGUACGUUUAAUUUUUUUUUUUUUUCUUUUUUUUUUUUGUCAUUUAUUGAAAAUAAUUUUAUUGAAUAGAGUAAGUAACUUAUUCAGUAUACUAAGAAAGAAAAUGCCUUAAAUCCAAACAAGUUAUCAUUUUACUACAUCGAAUAGUACAAAUGUUAUUAUUAAUUAUUAAUAAUUCCGUAAGAAAAUAAAAACUGUUGAUAGACGUUAAAUAAAAUAGAUAUUUUCAAAUGCAGGGUCUAAUAAAUGAGAUAAAGGCAUUAGUAGUGUAAUUAAAUAGUACAGAAACAUUUUUAAAAUACUUAUCACCGCUAAGUCUGUUGUAGAAUAAUUAUCCGAGUAAUUAAAGUUCGCUAGUGUCUUUAUCUUUGACUAAUAAAUAAAUAAUGUACAAUAGAAAAUUGUCAAUAUUUUUACAGCGAUAAUAAUGUGAGUGAUGAAAGACAAAUUGAGUAUGAAGAUGGUUUAUAAUUAAUUAAGAACCAAACUCAGGAUUACUUAAGCCUCAUAGCAGUAUUUUUACUGAUAUUUUUUAAGACCAUUGAUUAUUAUUUAAUUAUAUUGAUAAAAUUAUUGACUUAAUUGAUAGACUUUUAAGGUAUCACUAGGUUUAAUCUCAGACAAAUUGUAACGGGUCUCAACGGUGUCACGUUAAAUGGUCCCAAUAUUUUUAUACCACGACAAAUGAUCCCAUCGGCGCUAUCAGAUGUCGUGGUAUUAAAUUUCGGGGAUCAAUUAUCGUAGAACCGUCUUAACGUGUUCCAUUGACCAAAAAUUGUAUAUCACGUGUACCAAGUUGCUCAUUUUUAAAUAAAUAUAAGUCUAGUAA